CGGCCCUGUGCAUUGUGGUCCGGCGGCGGGGGGCGAACAUGGCCGAGAAGCAGAAGCACGAUGGGCGGGUGAAGAUCGGCCACUACGUGCUGGGGGACACGCUGGGGGUCGGCACCUUCGGCAAAGUCAAGAUUGGUGAACACCAGCUGACAGGGCACAAAGUGGCAGUGAAAAUACUGAACAGGCAGAAAAUCCGCAGCCUGGAUGUGGUGGGCAAGAUCAAACGAGAAAUUCAAAACCUGAAACUCUUCCGGCACCCUCACAUUAUCAAACUGUACCAGGUCAUCAGCACACCGACAGACUUCUUCAUGGUGAUGGAAUACGUGUCUGGGGGUGAAUUGUUUGAUUACAUCUGUAAGCACGGACGCGUGGAGGAGGCAGAAGCUCGGCGCCUUUUCCAGCAGAUCCUCUCUGCAGUGGAUUACUGCCACAGGCACAUGGUGGUGCACAGGGACCUGAAGCCAGAGAACGUGCUGCUGGAUGCACACAUGAAUGCAAAGAUCGCUGAUUUUGGACUGUCCAACAUGAUGUCAGAUGGUGAAUUUCUGCGCACCAGCUGUGGUUCCCCAAAUUAUGCAGCCCCUGAAGUCAUCUCUGGAAGGCUCUACGCUGGCCCAGAGGUGGACAUCUGGAGCUGUGGUGUCAUCCUGUACGCCCUGCUGUGUGGCACUCUGCCUUUUGACGACGAGCACGUCCCCACCCUGUUCAAGAAGAUCCGUGGGGGAGUGUUUUACAUCCCUGAAUACCUCAACCGCUCCGUGGCCACGCUCCUCAUGCACAUGCUGCAGGUGGACCCCCUCAAGAGAGCCACCAUCAAGGACAUCAGGGAACACGAGUGGUUCAAGGAGGAGCUGCCCAGUUACCUGUUCCCGGAGGACCCUUCCUACGACGCCACGGUGGUGGACGACGAGGCGGUGCGCGAGGUGUGCGAGAAGUUCGAGUGCACCGAGUCGGAGGUGCUGAACAGCCUCUACAGCGGCGACCCCCAGGACCAGCUGGCCGUGGCCUACCACCUGGUCAUCGACAACCGCCGCAUCAUGAACCAGGCCAGCGAGUUCUACCUGGCCUCCAGCCCCCCCACCGGCUCCUUCAUGGACGACAGCGCCCUGCACAUCCCCCCGGGCGUGAAGCCGCACCCCGAGCGGAUGCCGCCGCUCAUCGCCGACAGCCCCAAGGCUCGCUGUCCCCUGGACGCCCUCAACACCACCAAGCCAAAGCCCCUGACUGUCAAAAAGGCCAAGUGGCACCUGGGGAUCCGCAGCCAGAGCAAACCCUACGACAUUAUGGCCGAGGUGUACCGGGCCAUGAAGCAGCUGGACUUCGAGUGGAAGGUGGUGAACGCCUACCACCUGCGGGUGCGCCGCAAGAACCCCGUGACCGGCAACUACGUGAAGAUGAGCCUGCAGCUCUACCAGGUGGACAACCGCAGCUACCUGCUGGACUUCAAAAGCAUCGAUGACGAGGUGAUGGAGCAGAGGUCUGGCUCCUCCACGCCGCAGCGCUCCUGCUCGGCCGCGGGCUUGCACCGGCCGCGCCUGAGCAUCGACGCGGCCGCGGCCUCCGAGUGCCAGUCUCUGAUGGGCUCCCUGAGCGGCUCCUUCGUGGGCAGCAUCCCCUCGGUGCCCCCUCGCCUGGGCAGCCACACCAUGGACUUCUUCGAGAUGUGUGCCAGCCUCAUCAUGGCCCUGGCCCGCUGAUGCGCCGGCCCCUCUGCGCGCUGCGAGGAUCCGCAACGACUCGUCCUUCCUUCCUUCCUCCUCCUCCCCUCACUGCCCCACAGAGCCAAGUCCAGACCCAAAAUGUGCUCCCCUCUAGCGAGGCACCAAGGAAAUUAACUUCAAAUCUCUCCUUGUGCCUGGAGAAAUGAAUCCAAUACCUUUUUUUUGUUUUUUUUUUCUUUCCUUGUGAACCCCGUGGGAAAUGUUAAGGCUGUAAAGUAACAAACGUUAUCGCUGAGUUUUUGGAAAACACCUCCCCCCUGGUUCAUCCUGAGGUGAUGGAGGCAUAGCCAUGCUUUCUGUGUGGAGUUUGAUGUUUCCCUGAUGCUGUGCAGAGCAGGGGCAGGCUGGGCUGAGCCAGGGCAGAGGGGUUAACCCAGAGCUCUGUGAGAUGGAGUGGAGGGUGAUGAAACAGCUCUGCAGUGUUCACACCCAGGUACCAGCCCCUCUAACCCUUUUCUCCCUAAAGCAGCAGCUGCUUAGAUGCUUCUGCACUAGUGCAAUAUCACCUCCCUCCCCUCUCUUUUUCCCUCUGCUGAAGAUGGGCAGGGAAGGUGGGAUGUGCAAAGGUCCUGGUGCAAACCUGCUGUGGGGAGGCCACUCUUUGCAGAGGAGUGUCCCUAAGGUGCAAUCUUUGCAGAGGAGUGUCCCUAAGGUGCAAUCUUUGUCCCUGUCCACUCUUUGCAGAGGAGUGUCCCUAAGGUGCACUCUUUGUCCCUGUCCACUCUUUGCAGAGGAGUGUCCCUAAGGUGCACUCUUUGUCCCUGUCCACUCUUUGCAGAGGAGUGUCCCUAAGGUGCAAUCUUUGCAGAGGAGUGUCCCUAAGGUGCACUCUUUGUCCCUGUCCAUUCUUUGCAGAGGAGUGUCCCUAAGGUGCAGUCUUUGCAGAGGAGUGUCCCUAAGGUGCACUCUUUGCAGAGGAGUGUCCCUAAGGUGCACUCUUUGUCCCUGUCCACUCUUUGCAGAGGAGUGUCCCUAAGGUGCUUUAUUUAGCCCAAGGGCUCUGGACAGCACUGACCUGCUCGCCAGCUCGGAGCUGAAGGCAGAUUGCCUUUCCUCACCUCCCUCCAGCCUGCUCCCCCUCCCCUGGUGAACCCCAAGCAGGGUGCAGGUGAGCAGAGGACAGGAUCUGGAUCACCCAGCUGAGACCCCAGCACUCCCCCGCGGGCUGGGAUGGUCCCUGAUGGGCAGGAGCCAUCAGCAGCGCACAGCUCCGGAGCACUCACCUCUCACCUUUCCCCUAGGAAGCUCUGCCUGUUGCCACCUGCCCAAAAUCGCUGCCAAAUCUGCCUUCCCUGCUGCUGGACACUCGCUGCCCCUGCCCAAGGGCUCUCCCAUCCUGCUGCUGCCCACUGGACUGUGACCUUCACUGCUCCGCUGACCAGGCAGGGAUAUCCCAACCCGGAAUUUUACUGUUCCUUUGCUACUGGCUAUCUGAAGGAUGGGAUUUUAUUUUUUAAGAUGAACUGAGGGGGUUUUUAAGGUUAAAUUCUUACCCUAAUGCAUGUGUGACUUCUUUGUUUAAAAGAGUUAUUAUUUUUUAUUACACGGGAUUAAUCUAAUAGGCAGCGUUGGCAUCUGCUGGGCUUUUACAUGGUAUUUAAUUCCAUUUACUUGAUUAUGAAGUAAUAGUCUAAUCAAGGAACAAAUGCUUUAUGAAAGCUUUGCCAAAAAAAUGUUGGAUGGGGGGUUUGGUUUUGUUCUGUUUUUUUUUUUUUUUUAAAAUGUUUUGUUUUAAGAAACAAAGCAAAGAACUUUCGCUAGUCCCAGGUAUGCAGUCAUUCAACUUGAAAAAUAAUGUGAUCUGUCUUUUUGAUAUCUUCUUAUGACCCCUUGAGGUUUUUUCCUAGGGUUUUUUUUUGUACAGUUGCACUUUAAUUUAUACUUUCUGCAGGUUUGUAUGAGAAGCAAGGAAAAGAACAACAAAUUAAUCCUUUUUUACUAAUCAUUUAAGGUAAUCCAGACAAACACGGGAUAUUUUUGCCAUCUACUGGCAGUUAAAUGGACCUAUUCAGUUUGAAGUCCCUUUUUUUUAAAAAGAACCACAAAAUUGCCUUACUUUUGUUACAGGUUGUGCUUGGAUCCUCACUAACAUGACUUUACAACUGCAAUUUUUCCAGAAGCCGCACAAAGUAGAAAGCUUCCAAAAAAAAAGAAAAAAAAAUUAGAAAAAAAAAUCAGUUUUGUUGUUAAGCUCUUGAACACUAAAUCCAACACAGCAGUGGUUGGACUGUAAGAAAUACUGGAAAUAUUUGUAGUGCUCCUAGGUUUUGUAAUGAGCCUUUUAUUACAUUAUGAUUAUUAAAUAAGUACUCUGGGGUGAGGAUGGCUUUGGUGCUGUGCCUGGUGGCUGCCAGGUGAUUUUUGUCCCCAGUGCUGUGGUGUGAGUUUGGAUGGAGAAUUCAAACUCCUGCAUGCAAAAAAAAAAAAAAACAAAACCCAAAAAAACCCCACCAAACCCCACCCCAGAGUCAAAGCUGAGGAGCACCCAACCCUUCAGCAGCUUUUGGAUCAAGGCUGAGAUGAGCAAAGAGCCCUGAAUGGUUUGGGGUGAUGGGGAUAAACCCCUUUGCAAAGGAGCAGGAGCAGCUGUAGGGCCAGGCAUUCAUUUCCAUCCAGGAAGCAGCAAUGAGUGAAAUGUAUUUCAAAUGUUAAAGGCUUUUCAAAUCUUCACUCCCCGCUGAGCAUCUUGCCAAGUCCUGGCAGCACCUGUAGCCCCCUUGAUAAGGGGCUGGUGUGUUGCAGUCUGGGGCUCAGGAGAAGGUAGAUGUACUGAUGUCUUUUUUCAAAUUGACUUUUGUCCUCUGGGAUUUCCUACCCAGCAGAACUAAUAGUAUUAAGCAGCAGCAAAUGCCCUUGGGAGGAAAUAUUCGCUUCCUGGAGGCGGGUGGGAUUUCUAGGUUGUAGAAUAAGCCCCUUGUGGCACUUGGCAUCUUCUCCGACCCGUGCAAACAUUAACUGCUGUGUGGAUCUGCAGAGCCAGUCCUGCCUGGAGGGCAGGCAGAGUUACUCAGCUUUCCAUAUGGAGAGACACAAAGGGAUGAAGCACUCCCCAGCUCAGGCUCAGCAGAGGCAGUGCAGGGAGCAGGACUGGUGGAAGCACCCCCCCAGUGACCAGGUCGGGCUGAACGGUCCAUCACAGCCUUGCCCAAAUCCGUGCUGCACUUCGGAACACUCUGAGGACUUUCACUUAUUUUUAUUAUUUAUUUUACCUUCAAAUAGGCCGUGUUCUGUUUCCCAGCUGCAGAGGAGCUGCUGACCUCCAGUGACAUUUUCCAGAGGAAGAGUUUAACUUCCACACUGUUACACUGUGGUCAGCUCUUUUUGAGUUAUGCUGGUACUUGCACAAGCGUUGGGAAAAGCAGGGUAGACAAUAUUUGAACUACAGAAACUUGAAUUACUCCAAGUGCAAUUCUUCAGAAGCCGCUGCACAGCUGUGCUUUGCAAGCCACAAGCUCACCCACAUUCUGCUUCAGCCCGAGGGGGAGGGAGACAAAAUGCAAAGGGUAAAGAGUUCAGAUGGGCUCCAAGAGAAACCUCCAGCUCCUGGAUGAGUUAAUUCAGAAAUACCUUGUGCUGCUCUUGUUGGAAGCUAUAUAGAUGUAAAUAUUAUAUAUGCAUACGUGCAUAUAAAAAAAAAUAUAGGUGGCAUCCCUGUCAUUGACCUCUCAGCUUUAUUCUUCCAGCAGGGCAGGUGUGUGCCCUGGACACUGCCACCCCUCACUAAUCCCAGCCUCUGAGAGGACCUGGACAAAGGGAAUGCUACUUUUACACCCUCCUUUAGGUAAAGCCCAUGAGUAGCUUAGCUCACCCCAUCAGGCUCAGCAUGGCCUUGGCCAGGGCUGGGAGGGGAGGUGGCAUCAGGAGCUGUGAGACUCCUGCCCUCCCACCCCUGCUGGCCAAAGCCCUGGUGCUGAUGGAGUUUGGGGCAGGUUUAUUUUCAGGAGCUGGAGCUGAGCAGGUAAAGGCAGCAGGAUAUUUCUUUUUUUUUUCCCUUCAACGGGUCAGAAAUGCAUCUUCAGCUGUGUGUCCAGUUUAGCAUUUCACGAGGUGCGUACAAGCACAGGGGAAUAUGUGGGCAGUGUUGUAAAAACGUGAAGCAGCUGGUUAGUGUGUGCUGUGUAUACCUUUCUGUGUGUGAUUAUAGUGGCGUUUGUGUUGGAAUAGAUGAGGUUUGAACAAAAUAACCCUUCUGUCUACUCCUUUUCAUUUCACUGCUCUGUGCUGUCAGCGUGCAGCCCUGUAGGAGGAAGAGGGGGCUGUGAGCAGGACGUGAACUCGUGCCUUCGCUGCGCGUUGGGACUGCUGGAAGUGGCAGCUUUGUUUCACGAGGUGCACAAUUUCCCCAGCUCGUGCAGGAUCCCCCCUCUGAGACAUGCAGGCCGUGUUUCUAAAUACUUGAAGUACCAUUUGUUGUGCAAUUAUUUGGCUUCACCCUUUUAUGAGCUGAGAGGAGAGAGGGAAGAAGAAUCGCACAUCUGGAUGAGCCAAGCCAACCCCCGCUCGAGCUCCUGCUGUUUCUUUCCUGGAAAGUUUUAGGAUCUGGUUUUGUUCCAGGUAUAUGAUGGACCUUACUAGAGUCACCUUUCUUAAGGUCUUACUUUGGUAUGGGCUUUUAAUUUAGUGCUUUCCUUUGGCUUCCUUAGCCCUCCCCUUAUAUAUCCCUUUUUCAUCAUUCGCUUAUUUAAAAAAAAAACGCAACAGCUUCUUGUAAUUCUGAAUUCCCAGUCUGCCUCCCGGCCAUGGAGUUAAUGAUUCAGCCAGAGGUACCUCAGUCCCAUGCCUGAGAGGUGAGCUGGGUUUCAGAGUUCCCACAUGACACCUACUGAUGGAACUUUUGCAGAGAGCACACCUGGUAUUCGAUGCACAGAUCUUUGCUCAUUUUAAUUGUCAAAAUUAGGAGAACUAGACUGUGAAUCAGAGCCCUACCUGCAAGCACGAGUACACUUUUGGUGUUAGAGUCUGUUUUCAACAAAAGCCUUGAAGUUCCUGCUGAAGCUGCCUUAAUUUAAAAAUCAAAGUUUAUUUGUAAGACUCAUCUCUGAUUAUUAUUUUUUUUUUAAAGUUUGGAAAUAGUUUAUUUAUCCUCAUCUCACGAAGCUGUGAAGUAGAUCCUGUAGCCAUGGUAAUAUUUAUUCUUGUUGCUGAAGGCAUGUUCAUGUGUUCUGUAUCAUGUUAUAUUCACGUGGUUUGUACCUCAAUGCAUUUUUGUUUUUCUUCUUUUAGCGCACAAAGCAAAACUGAAUCCCAGGAUUUCUGUGGUGUCCUUGGCCCAGCAUCUUUGGGCAGACAAACCUCAGCUCUAUGAGAGAGGUAAACUGGACUUGUCCACUGCAAUUCUUAAAUUCAUACUCUAAGGAGUAUUUUAUGAUUUAUAAUAUUAUGUAUUUAUAAUUUUAAGAAAAAGAUACCGAACUUUAAAAAGUUCUGAGUAGAAGCAUCCCUUCAAACAUAUCAUUAACAUGAAGCUCAGAAAAAAAAACCCUGGGCUCUAUAAACACUCCAUUAUUCUUGAUAUUUUCUAUUUUGUCAGCUGAGGGCCUGGAGAGGGUUUUGUUUCCCAGUUCAUGGCUGUAAUACUUUCUGUUAUGGGAGGGCACAGAGCCCUGGUUCAGUUUUGUCCUUUGUGCAUCAGAUAAUCACAACGAAGCCUUUUUCCUUCCAUUUAUGGUGUGGAAAGUGUUUCUUGGUGUACUGCACUGCAUGUGAUAGCUGUCUCCAUGGUUGACAUUUGCACUUUAAUAAACUCAGAGAUGAAAAGAGA